AUGUCGGACCACUUAUCCAAACGCAGGAAAUUAAGUCCUCCUUCCAAUCCGGCCCCCGCACCCUCGACAGCAACAGACCAGAAACGAAACGCAACUCGAGGCAAAGAUGAGCGCUCCGCAGAGCUUGCAAUGGCCAGCGGCUUCUACAAGUCCAGCUUCUUCAAGUUGCAGAUGGACGAAUUGCUAGAAGGAUUGAGACCGAACCAUGCCAGUCAACUUAAGAAGGCACAGGACUCACUACACCAGAUCAAGAAUGCUAUUGAAAGUCUCCCUGAUAAAACUCCGCAAUCCGUGUCCGAUGCGGAGAAGGACCUGCGCGCCUCUGGCCUGACGGUGCCAUGGCCGGAACCUCGACCGAGCAAGGAAGCGAAAUACAGCAUGGCUUAUGCGAAGCCAGCCAAUAUCAAUGUGGUGGGUAGCUUUGCGCUGAAGACGGGUGCCCGUGGGCUGGAGUCGCGCCCGAUUGAUUUGGCUGUAACCAUGCCAAACUCGCUCUUCCAGGAGAAAGAUUACGUCAACUUCCGAUACUUCCACAAGCGAGCUUACUAUAUGGCCUGCCUGGCGGCUGGGAUUCAAGAUGUCACGAACAAUCUCGAGUUUGACGUCAAGUUUAGCACCCAGGAUGGAGACAGCCUUCGGCCUCUCAUCUUGCUCGACCCACGGGCCCCCGGUCUCUCGCAGAUUCGAAUCCUGGCCUCAAUCGAUCCCACCCUGUUCCCGGUCUCAAGAACUCUCCCAAUGAAGAGCAACAUUCGCCAAGGUUCUUCUGCAAACUCGGAAAUCGGCGAGCCGACUUCCUUCUACAAUGCUAGUCUGCGCGCAGACGCUGCCGUCUCUCUAUAUCAUAAGUCAGUGUACUCGGCCUCGCAGAAAUGUGAGUCUUUCAAGGAUGCGUGCAUUCUUGGUCGCACUUGGCUACACCAGCGGGGCUUCCGCACCGCCUUCCAGAAUGGAGGCUUUGGAGGCUUCGAAUGGACAGUGCUUCUGUCUCUCCUGUUUGAAGGUGGCGGCCCUGCAGGACAGCCUGUCUUACUGCCAUCGUACAGCUGCUACCAAAUCUUCAAGGCUACUAUUCAAUUUUUAGCUGGUAGGGAUUUGACCGCCCCUCUAUUUUUUGGCCAGGAAGUUCCUAUUCCCUCCGGUGGGCCUGUCGUAUAUGAUGGCCGUAGAGGGUUGAAUAUCCUCUACAAGAUGACACCUUGGUCUUACGCUACUCUGCGUCACGAAGCUUCAACCACUCUGAAGAUGCUCAACGAGUCACGAGAGGACAACUUUGACAAGGUUUUCAUCUUGAAGGUUGACGAACCCGCCCUGAGGUUUGAUCGACUGAUCACAAUCAAAGCAUUCACCGGCGAGACUCUCAAGACUCUUCAAGAACAAACAAAGUUGUACAAUGUUCUUACUAGGGCUUUGGGUGAUCGGGUUAACCUCGUCUCCAUCACCUCUCAUCCCGUGAGCGCGUGGUCAGUCAAGUCAAAACAGCCCAAAAAGUCGAACGAGGGUGUGUCCGUGGGACUUUUGCUCAAUGCUGAGAACGUUGGACGGAUUGUUGAUCACGGUCCGGCCGCGGAAGAGAAAGAGGAAUCUGCUUCAUUCCAGGCUUUCUGGGGUGAAAAGUCAGAGCUGCGACGGUUCAAAGAUGGCAGCAUCUUGGAGAGUCUUGUGUGGUCCGAAGAUUCCGGAGAUUCCAUCAUCCACCAGAUUUUGGAAUAUAUUCUCCAACGGCACUUCGAGAUCGACGACUUUGGCUUCCUCGGUGAUGAAUAUGACGAACAUCUCAAGGAGCACGGUGACAACAUCUUGGCAUACUCUAGCCCUGCUUUCCAGUCAGCCAAUGAGGCUUUCAAGGACUUGGAGACAUCCAUUCGUAGCAUGGAUGAUGUGCCCUUGGAGGUUCGCCAUCUAGCCCCAGCUAGUUCACUCCUUCGAUACACUGCGGUGAGACCGGGCGGGCCAGCCGAUGUCGUGCUUCAAUUUGAAAGCUCCUCGCGAUGGCCAGAUGAUUUUGCAGCUAUCCAGAUGACCAAAGUCGCAUUCCUCCUCAAAAUUGGAGAUGCUUUGGAACAGCCGGGCGCUGCUGUCUCGCCUUGCCGCGUGGGCCUGGAAAACGAAUCAUCCAGAAUUAUCAACAAUGCCUAUCUAGAUAUCCCUCACUCCUCCGGUGUUCUGUUCCGUCUGAGAAUUCAUCAUGACCGUGAGCAAACCCUACUCGAGCGCAACCUCAAGGAUCGGAAUCUGAGCCCCCGGGAACGGGAAGAGGCCGCGUUUGCUCUCUUCUCCUACAAGAAGACCUUUGUCCAGAUUCCACGCUUGACCCAGGCACUCCGAAGUCUGUGUACUCGUUUCCCCCUGCUCUCUCCUACCAUCCGUCUCACCAAGCAGUGGUUUGACUCCCACCUGUUCACCGCCCAAAUGAACGAAGAGUUGGUUGAAUUGCUGGUCAUUCGCACGUUCACUCAACCAAACCCUUGGGAAUGUCCCUCAAGUGUCAUGACCGGCUUCCUUAGAACUUUGCACUCCCUCUCUCGGUGGGAUUGGCAGCAAGAGCCAUUCAUUAUUGACCUAGGAGGUGAUCUGAGCCCCGAAGUGACCGAGCAAAUCCGCACUCGCUUCACGGCUUGGCGCAAUAUCGAUCCUGCGAUGAAUAGCGUGGCACUCUUCGUCGCUUCGGACGUUGACCCCGAAGGUGUCACCUGGACGCAGUAUGAAAUGCCCUCCAAGGUAGUUGCAGGUCGGUUGUCCAGCUUGGCCAAGGCCGCGGUUGGCUUGGUCAGGUCCAACCCCCAUGAUCUGGAUAUCUCCGACUUGUUUGAUACUUCGCUUGCUCCCUAUGACUUUGUCAUUCAUCUCCGCUCCAAGCUAUUUGGUCGGUCCACCUCUGCUCCCAAGUUCAAGAACUUGACCGAAUCUCGGGCCUCCAUGGGACCAACCAUCAGGUCGUUUGUUUGUGAUGUUCAGUCCUGUUACCAGCAAAGCAUCCUUCUCUUCCACGGCGACGACCGUUGCCCAGUGAUCGCUGGUCUUUGGAAUCCUCAAACACUCAAGCCCCGCAGCUGGAACCUGAAGACGGCAUAUUCAACUGCGCCAGCCCCUGGCUCCCAGGAUCAGGUGUCGAUCAAUCGACCUGCCAUUAUUAAUGAAAUUGCACGGUUAGGCCAUGGACUCAUUGAACACAUUGAGGUUCAUGAUCAUUGA